GCGUGACGCGUUUUACCGCUUGUUUCGCUGUGGUAACAAAGCACGUUUUGGUUAUUUUUAAACCCAGAUUUGUCAGGUUCAAAAUUUGAGACAAUUUAUAAAACAAAACCACUUCACUCGCCUGAACCCUCUGGAACAUGGAGGCGGAGAAAGAGGACGAAGAAGACGCGUCUCCUGAAGAGUUUGUGGCUUUGUCUGAUUUCUCAGGAAGUGGCUCCGAGCAGCUUAGUUUCAGCUCAGGGGACAAGCUGCUUGUUCACGCCAAACCUUCUGCAGCCUGGUGGUGGGCGGAGGUCCGUGGGGUCAUAGGGUAUGUCCCUGCCAGCUACCUGCGCCAGGACACAGCUGAGGAGGAAGACACCUCUAUAGAAGACCCCUGGCAGGAUGAAGAGUACUUUGGGAGCUAUGGAACACUGAAGCUUCACCUAGAGAUGUUGUCGGACAGGAGCCGCACCGAGACGUACCGGCAGGUUGUUCUCCGCAACAGUGCCUCCCUGAAGAACAAGGCGGUGAUGGACCUCGGCUGUGGAACCGGCAUCAUCAGCUUGUUCUGCGCUCAGUUGGCGCAACCGUCAGUGGUGUAUGCUGUGGAGGCGAGCUCCAUGGCUGAGUACACCAAGCAGCUGGUGAAGCAGAACGGCUGUGAGGAAGUGGUCACAGUGCUGCAGGGACGAGCCGAGGAGCUGGAGCUACCGGAGCAGGUGGACGUGCUGGUGUCCGAGUGGAUGGGUAACUGCCUACUGUUUGAGUUCAUGGUGGAGUCUGUGCUCUUGGCCAGGGACCGCUGGCUCAGAGAUGGAGGUGUGAUGUGGCCGUCCGCCGCGGCCCUCACUCUGGUCCCAUGUCGGGCUGACCGUUAUUACGCCGAGAAAAUGUCCUUCUGGGAGCGGCCCUACGGCUUGGAUUUCACCCCUCUUCAGCCUUUGGCACAACAGGAGUUCUUCACUAAGCCUAAGUUCAGCCACCACCUCGAGCCGGAGGAUUGUCUCGCUGUCUCAUGCGAUGUCAUCUGCCUCGACAUGCACACCUUGCAAGUGAGCGACCUUGAGGAAAUGAAGGGCGAGUUUCACUUUUGCAUGGAGAAAUCUGGGAUUUUCCACGGGUUCACGGCCUGGUUCACGGUUCAGUUUGAAAGCCUGGAGAUGGGAGGAGCAACAGUGAAGCUGAACACCGGACCGGACUCUGAGCCAACUCAUUGGAAACAGACUUUAUUCAUGCUGGACCGACCAGUCAGUGUGAAUGUCGGGGACAUCCUCAGUGGAACCGUUACUUUACACAGAAACCCCGUCUGGAGACGCCACAUGACCGUCGCCCUGCACUGGAACAUCAACAACAGCAAGAGCGAUGCAGACAGCUGCCAGGUCGGGACCAAAAGUUUUCCCAUGUGGAGGUGACAAACUCUCACCCAUCAGCAGGGAGCGACACAAACGCCUCCACUCUCCAGCUGCUGCCCGUGUUCACCAUUAUGGUGACCUUCAGAGGGUCAUGAGCCGUGGCGACUUACAGAGUAAACACGAGGGCUUACAUGUUCCAGUAUGUGAAAACAGGGUUUAAAUAAGCAAGAAUUCCACUCAUAAUAAUGAAAUAUUCAGUCUUCAUGUGCAACAAAUAACACAUUUAAGCCCAUCACAGUUUUUAUUAUGUUUAUUUUACUCGUUUUAUCCUUCAAAAUUGUACAACUAGGAUUUAAAGUGACAGUGUGUAGAUUCUCUGGCGAUAGGGGGCAGUACAUACCUAAAUGAGUGCAAGCAUUAUUUUUGUGUUCAAAUAAGACCUUGCCAACGGAUGGCCAUUAGGGUCAAAAAUCCCUGGGAGUGCAACCUCCAGCAAAAUAACAUCAGAUUCCCUUUCAUCACUGGCAACGAGUGAAGAGGUAAAUGUGUAAAGCAACAAUGUUUAUUAAUGGUGAAAGUUUUGUAACCGUUUCUUACAAGUCAGUAAAUGCAUUGUCCUCACGGGUUUCUGUAGAAGGAAACAUGGCAUCCAAUAUGGCGUCGCCCAGAGACUUAGACCCGCUCCAUGUAUUUUAGAAGAGAUUUGUAUGGUUCUAUGUUAUGAAACUGGCAAUGUUAUUCAAAAAAUGGGCAUCUUUUAAUUCAUUUACUACAACAUUUUGAUGGAUAUUUCCAGAGAUUAAUGGUAAAAAACUACACAUUGUCACUUUAAUUUACACUAACAUUUAUUAUUACACCAAAUACCAGUUGGGUUUAUGGAUUUAACAACAUUUUAACAAUAAUGUCUAACUUUAUUAUAUUUUUAACAAUUUAAAGUCAACUUGAACAAUGCACACCACAGAAAUGGCACUUUGCAUGCUAAAGUAUGCAAUAAAUGUACUUGUUUGGUGCACAUUGAGGUUGAAACGUGAAAAGAAUUAAGCGUCUCUAACAACUCAUAUUUAAUACUUUUAAUUUGGUAAAUCUAGUGUUUUAAUCUUUUAAUUUUUCAAAAUUUUAAAGAAUUAUGCCAUUAAUUACAACAAUGUUUUAAAUAAAAAUAAUUGUACAAUUAA